AUGGCAAGGAAAAGGACUGCGAAACUGACGGUUACUCCGGUGACGAAGGCUAAGAAAGAUGAUUCUAGUUCCCCGAUGAAAUCCCUUGUCCAAGAUCCAGAUUCGUGUAAUCAGGUGAUGAAUGCUGUAAUCCCCUCUGUGAUUCCGGUGAUUGAAGAAACCAACUCUGAUGUGCCGACGGUUGAUGAAAAUAGUUCUGGUGUCCAAGUGAUUGAAGAAACCACCUCAGGUAUUCCGAUCACCGAUAUGAAUGAAAAAUCUGAGAAUGUUGUUGAAGAAGUUCCCAAAAAGUGGAGUUCGUUGUUUGAUAAUAGAUCGAGAAGUGAAGCUAGCGAGUUGAAAUUCAUUCCUCCGAUGGUUAAGGAUGGUAACAGAAUGGUGAGCUUUAGCUCUAAAGACAUUGCAAAAGAGGAACAUCGAUGGAAGAAUGCCAUAGUAGGCUGUGUUUAUGGGCUCUACCCUAAAUUUGAGAGACUGAAUUCUUUUUGCAACAAAGUCCUUGGAUCUGGUCCCUUCACUUUUGAUCAGAAGCCAUUGAUGUUGAAGAAAUGGCACCCGAGGAUGUCAAUGGAUCCAAGUGAGAUUAGAUCAGUCCCUAUCUGGAUCCAACUUCCUGGUUUGCCAUGGGAAUUCUGGACAGCUGAUAUUUUGAGCAAAAUUGGGAGUUUUUGUGGAAAACCCUUAUAUAGUGAUCAAUGCACUAUCAAUAAGACUAAGCUUGGAUUUGCUAGAGUCCUAGUUGAGAUGGAUGCUAUGGGUCCAUUCCCAGAGACAGUAGAAAUGGUGGAUGAGGAUGGGAAAGUUUUUAGGCAGAAAAUUGUUUAUGAAUGGAAGCCAUUGAUAUGUGACAAAUGUUGUAGAAUGGGUCACUCCAAGAAUAACUGCAGAGUCACUCAGAAUAUUAAGGAAGCUCUAGAGAAGAAGGUGGAGAUUCCAGAUGAUCUUAUUAAGGAAGAUUCAGUGGUUAAUUCUAUAGCCAUUGUUGAAGAUAAAAAUGAUACUAUGAUUUCUAAGGAAGAUGUUCAAAUUCCUGAUACUCCAAAGACUCCAAUGGAAGUUCCAAAAGAUCCUAAGGUUAGCAAUGUUGACAAACCUAUGAAGAGUAAAGAGAAGGCACUCCAAGUAAAUAAUCCAUUCAGUUCUCUAGUGGGAGAAGUCAAUGAGCUUGAGAAAAUGAUUGGUUUCAAAAGUAAAUGGGGAGAUGAUAAAAUCAAUUCUGGAAGGAAAGCUAGGCUUAAUUCCAGAAUGAUAGAUAUAGAUAGAUGA